AGUUAUGCUGGUAGGACGCGGCGUGUGAUUGGCUGAGCUCUCAGUAACGUCCUCUGUCAUUGGCCGCAGCUGUGGCUGGGGUUUUCCAGAGGCCUCGGUGUCAGAGUCAGAGACUAGUUCCUGGGACUCUGGGAGAUGAAGCUGCCGGAUGCCCUGAUGUACGAGCUGGCAUUUUGAAGUUCAUCAUGGCAGAUGAGUGGAAGAAACUGAGCCUCCAACCAGAAGAAGGGCGCUACGACUCUGGAAUUGCUGAAUCUGUACAGUUUCUGAAUGAGGAUGAAGUUUCUAGGCUUCAGUCCUUGCCCGAGGAAGGAUCACCAAAGUCUGAUGGAUCCCGCCCACAUGAAGCCAAAUCUACGGACAAAAUUUGUGAGCUCCAGGACCUUGAGCGGAUAGACUCGUCCUAUGGCUCUUCAUCUUUAACCGAAUCACUGCCCCCGAGCUGUCUGCCCCCAAGUGGACCCUCUGAAACCGGCAGCCUGGACACGGAGCACAUCAGCAGUCUGGCGUAUCUGUCAGAAGAGGGGGACACGCUCCUGCACCUGUCUAUCAUUCACUCAAUCCCAGAACUAUCCGAAUACAUCAUCUCCCUGGCUCCCAAGGAAGUCUUAGACAUCCAGAACGACCUUUAUCAGUCUGCUCUGCACCUGGCUGUCUACCUGGGUCAGGUGAAUGUCGUGGAGGCUCUGGUGGGGAAAUGCGUCAGCCUGGAGCUACAAGACAGGAAAGGUGACACUGCUUUACAUUUGGCCUGUGAGAACCAAGACCUGGCCUGUGCCAAGAUUCUGCUCCAGGACCCCAGAGGACCACAGAACCUGCAGUUACAGAACUGGAAAGGACUGUGCUGUUUGCACAUCGCCACCCUGAAGAGGAACCAUGACCUCAUCUCUCUUUUGCUGGAAAGUGGAGCUGACAUCAACAGUCAGGAUGGCACUAGUGGUAAGACCGCACUGCACCUUGCUGUGGAGAUGCUGGACAGGCCCCUACUACUUCAUCUGCUGCAACAUCGCCCCCAGGUGGACGCUUUCAUGUAUAAUGGGUGCACCCCAUUGCACUUGGCAGUGGGUAGAAAGGAUGCUGGACUUGCCAGGAUUUUAUGCCAAGCCGGAGCAGACAUCUUGCAGCGAAAUCGAGAAGGAGACACCCCACAAGAUCUCGCAGAAGGGAAUAACCAGCUUCUUGCUCUUCUACCCUUUGAUGACCUGAUGAUUUCAGGAAAACCUGUGGUGACGUCUGCCUGACAAGUGAACUACAGCAACCCCCGUGAACCCAAAUGAGACUCGCCCAAACUUGGCCAAUCGCGGAGGACAUAAUGAGACUGCUUGGCCAAUCAGCCACAGUCACAAGGACCGUGUUAUUGAGCCAAUUCCAGCUACCCCACCAGAUGUUUGGUGGAAAAAGGGCUAAAAAAAAGAUUGGACAGAUGGUUACAGCCCCAUGUAAAGAAAUCCUUCUUCUGUGAGCCGUAUUCUGCACAGAUGAUCAACUGGAGUAUUGGGGUCCAUAAAUGUUACUACGCCUCAGACUUUAUCGCUGUAUUGGUCACGUAAAAUCCAGCGUUUCAGGAAACGUGACCCAGCUGGAAGCUGAGAGGAUCUUCAGUUGGAAAAUGUCCUGCGCUAGGAUGGUGUACAGUAUGUGCAAGAUGACACAGUUUCAGCUGUUUCCUUCAUGUUCUCCCCUCAUUGUCUUCCACAUGUAUCACUGACAGUUCCCUGUCUGCCCCUUCCCCACGGUCACUGUCACAUGUGCUCUUAGUCCCUCCUACGGAACUCUAUGAAUUGCCUUUCUGAGUGAGCUCCGCUUACCUCUUCCCGUACCGUCUUUCAGUUAUCCAGGUGUCUGCUUUAUAAUAAUAAUGUCAGUAGGCUUUAGUGAUGCAAAGACAACUUUAUAACUAAAGAUCUAUUUUGUCUGGUGCGUUUGGACCUUCUGAAAAAGGAAAUUCAUUAAUGAGGCCUUUCCUGCGACAGCUGCUGCCAUCUCCACCAAAUACCCUCCUUAUCUGCGCUCACUACCACCGAAUACACUUCUUAUGUGUGCCCGUGUCUACCAAAUACCCUCCUUAUCUGCGCUCGCUACCACCGAAUACACUUCUUAUGUGUGCCCGCGUCUACCAAAUACCCUCCUUAUCUGCGCUCGCUACCACCGAAUACACUUCUUGUGUGCCCGCGUCUACCAAAUACCCUCCUUAUCUGCGCUCACUACCACCGAAUACACUUCUUAUGUGUGCCCAUGUCUACCAUAUACCCUCCUUAUCUGCGCCUGCCUCUACCCUUCUUUUCUCUCUACCUUUGCGAGGGGUACAGAGUCUACCUAAUUCCAUAAAAUACAUUAACUCUGGUAAGUAUGCGCCUGACUUGUCACCCGUGCACCGCGUGCAACGUUACAUUAUGUUUACCCAUUUGUUAGGAAUCCAACCUCCUCAACAGAGAUUCAUUUCAUGUUUUGCAAUACCUGAAAUUGUGCAAUUUUUCUCCCCCAUUAGCUUAAAGUGUACAAGGAAAUAAAUCACAUUUAUUAUUCUGCUGUUAUCCUUUCA